AUGGUAAACACCAGUGUUUUAUCACUACCCUUUGAUAGAAUCUUUGGAUCAAAUGCACGGUUAUGCCAACUUCAUGAAGGAUAUGGUUACAAAGAAGAGAUCGCUCUUAGAAUAGCUUAUAAACGAGAUCGUAUAAGCCUAGCCCAGUGGUCAUCUGAUACCGGUAGAAGUGGCUAUGUGUGUGCCCAAAAGGGGGGAAUGACAGUAUUACCCAAUGAGAGGAACGAGCUUGUUCCAAUGUGGCCGGUGACUGGAUGGAGAGUUUGUAUGGAUUACCGUAAACUGAAUGCAUGGACUAAGAAGGACCAUUUCUCUAUGCCCUUCAUGGACCAGAUAUUAGAUAGACCUGCAGAAAAAGGAUGGUAUAUUUUUCUUGAUGACUAUUCGGGUUAUAAUCAAAUCUCUAUUACCCUAGAGGAUAAAGAGAAGACCACCUUUACAUUCCUUUAUAGGACAUCCGCAUUCAAGAGGAUGUUGUUUGGGUUGUGUAAUGCACAAUCCACUUUCAAAGAUGUGUGA